AGCCUCAAAUAUUAAUAAUCAAACACAACACAACCGAUUCUUGUUUCGUUAUGGCUACUAUCCAUAGUGUGCUCACAGUUCUUCUACUGUUCUGCGCAAGAAUUCGUUUGAUCUCUUCCGUCACAGAUCCUAAUGAUGCCGCAGCACUGAGGUCUUUAAAGGAUCAAUGGAAGAAUACACCGCCAAGCUGGGGGGAAUCCGAUGAUCCUUGUGGAUUACCGUGGGAAGGUGUUACCUGCAAAAACUCGAGAGUAACUGCAUUGGGAUUAUCAACAAUGGGAUUGGUAGGUGCGCUUAAUGGCGAUAUUGGGGGCCUUUCUGAAUUGAGAUCAUUGGAUGUCUCAUUCAAUCGUCAAUUGACUGGUUCCCUCUCUUCGCGUUUGGCUGACCUGCAACAACUAAACAUUCUAAUCUUGGCUGGAUGCGGCUUCAGUGGUACGAUACCAGACGAGCUGGGCAAUCUUGAGAACCUAUCUUUUCUAGCUUUGAACUCCAACAAUUUCACUGGUGAAAUACCUGCUUCCUUUGGUAAGCUUUCCAUGCUGUACUGGCUCGACUUGGCAGACAAUCAGUUGACAGGAUCUAUCCCCGUUUCAACAACCACUACAUCUGGACUUGAUUUAUUGAAAAAGGCAAAACAUUUCCAUUUCAAUAAAAAUCGGCUUUCUGGUGUAAUUCCAGAUAGCCUAUUCAGCUCUGAUAUGGUACUAAUACAUUUGUUAUUGGAUGGAAAUCAGUUAAGCGGAAAAAUCCCUGAAACAUUGGGCCUUGUUCUAACUCUUGAGGUUCUACGGCUAGACAAAAAUACUCUGACAGGCGUAGUACCACAUAACCUUAACAAUCUCACCAAUGUCAUUGAACUAAAUCUUGCUCACAACAAGCUCUCUGGUCCGUUACCAAACUUAACAGGGAUGAACUCACUCAAUUAUGUGGACUUGAGCAAUAACUCCUUUGAACUCUCGGAAGCUCCAGCUUGGUUCUCAACCUUACAGUCACUCACUACCUUGGUUCUGGAAUAUGGGUCAAUUGAAGGGCCUCUGCCACAAAAACUCUUCAGCUUGCCAGAGAUACAACAAAUAAAAUUGAAGAACAAUGCAUUUAAUGACACACUAUACAUGGGUACCAGCAUUAGUGAACAACUUCAGCUUGUUGAUCUCCAGAACAACCAGAUAUCUGCUGUAACACUUGGAGACCAAUAUAAGAACACAUUGAUGCUCAUUGGAAACCCUGUUUGCACCACUGCUCUGGAAAAUACUGAUUACUGUCAGCUUCAACAACAAAAUACAAGGCCUUAUACUACAAGCCUCGCUAACUGUGGGAGCAAAUCUUGCCCACUUGAUGGAAAGCUUAACCCUCAGAGCUGUGACUGUGCUUAUCCAUAUGGAGGAACAUUAUAUUUCAGAGGACCUUAUUUCAGGGAAUUAACAAAUGCUAAUAUUUUCCAUACUUUAGAAAUGAGCUUGUGGACGAAACUAGGCCUUACUCCUGGUUCAGUCUCACUGCAGAAUCCCUUCUUCAAUGUUGAUGACUAUCUACAGGUGCAACUUGAACUGUUUCCUCCAACUGGGAAGUACUUUAAUAGGUCAGAGAUUUUGAUGCUUGGGUUUGCCUUAAGUAACCAAACCUACAAGCCUCCUCAUGAAUUUGGACCAUACUACUUCAUUGCGUCACCUUAUAAUUUCCCAUCUAAACCUGAUGGGGCUUCUAUUAGUCCAAUGGCCAUAGUUGGGAUUUCAAUAGGCUGCAGUUUUCUUGUCCUGGUUCUCCUUGGGUUAGGAAUAUAUGCAAUUAAGCAAAAGAAACGUGCAGAAAAGGCAAUUGUAUUUAGUAAACCAUUUGCAUCAUGGGCUCCAAGCGGAAAAGAUAGUGGUGGUGCACCACAAUUAAAGGGAGCUAGAUGGUUCUCUUAUGAUGAAGUCAAGAAGAUCACAAACAAUUUCUCAGGAAGUAAUGAGAUAGGAUCAGGAGGUUAUGGAAAGGUCUACAGAGGAAUGCUUCCUGGUGGCCAGUUAAUUGCAAUAAAAAGAGCUCAGCAGGGUUCCACGCAAGGAGGGUUGGAAUUUAAGACUGAGAUUGAAUUGCUCUCAAGAGUUCAUCACAAGAAUGUUGUUGCUCUUGUUGGUUUUUGUUUUGAACAAGGAGAACAAAUGUUGGUGUAUGAGUUUAUGUCGCAUGGAACACUUCGAGAUAGCUUGUUAGGAAAAUCAGGCAUUGUUCUAGAUUGGAAAAGGCGGCUGCGCAUAGCCCUUGGUUCAGCUAGAGGACUGGCCUAUCUUCAUGAACUUGCAGACCCACCUAUAAUUCAUAGAGAUGUUAAAUCUAGCAAUAUACUGUUGGAUGAUAAUUUAACAGCAAAAGUCGCAGAUUUUGGUUUAUCCAAGUUAGUCACAGACAGCACAAAAGGCCAUGUUUCAACUCAAGUAAAAGGCACUCUGGGCUAUCUAGAUCCAGAAUACUACAUGACACAACAAUUAACUGAAAAAAGUGACGUUUAUAGCUUCGGAGUUUUGAUGCUUGAACUAAUUACAGCUCGACAACCAAUUGAGAAAGGCAAGUACAUAGUUCGUGAAGUGAGAAUUGCAAUAGACGAAAAUGAUGAAUGUUAUGGCAUGAAGGAACUAAUCGAUCCAGCUUUAGCCACCAUAGCAAAUCUCACAAGUUUCAGAAACUUUUUAGGACUUACAAUGCAAUGCGUCGAAGAAUCAGCUGCGGAUCGUCCAACUAUGAGCCAAGUGGUAAAGGCACUAGAAAAUAUCCUGCAGAGUGACGGUUUAAACACCAAUUCCACGUCUGCGUCAUCGUCGGCGACGGAAUUUGGAUCCAUGAAGGCAGUUUCUAGACAUCUUUAUGGUGAUAAUGGGAGUAAAAAGUAUGGAAAUGACAGCGAUGCCUUUGAUUAUAGCGGAGGAUACACGCUUCCGUCGAAAGUAGAACCGAAGUAGAAGUAAUCUUACUUUGUUUCCAUUGUUGUAUUCUCGCCGGAGAUCAUCGCCGUAAAACCUGAAUUUGCACAAUUGCUACUACGGCUAUUUUCACUGCGACUAUCUUAUUAGUUGCAUUUGUAUAUUAUAAAUAUAAAUUAACUAAAUAUUAAAAUAGAU